AGCCCCUGCAAGAAGCAACAUGACCCCAGUAAGCUGAACUGAACGGGUGCAUAUGCAGACGUGCAAGGCUGCGAACGCACAAGGCUCCUCUACCAUGUCUCGUAAGGGGCUUGGUGAAUUGUUGGUUUCACGAGAGAGCCUGCCAUCAACGCAGAAGUUGCACUGCUCAAGUAGAAGGCGUGAGCCCUUCUUCUAGUUCACAUGGCACUGGUGGCCAUCUAUAUAAUCUCUCGUGCCCACGAGGGGAUGAUGAUGGUGCUCUCGGUGCAUUUCCCAUAAUAUAGACGUCAAGGGCCGCUGACCUGCCCCAAUACUGGCCGUGACCCCUCGAUCAAAGUUAUAGAAUUGCUCCCUCCAUUACAUUGCCAUGGCACUCCCUCUUCUCGCGGUGUCACUACUUGCCCAUCUUGCUGCUGCUUCAGUGGUUCCCUCUCAUGAUGUCAAGGCUUUGCAUCAGCGAAAUCCAGCCUCACUCGAGAGAAGGGCAGACGAGACAUUCGACCUCGGGUGGGCAGUCCAAGAUCAGUCUCUUUUCUCAGCAAACUGGACUGGUGGAACGGGCUCCAUUCCCAUUGGACUCACACCAUUCGAGACUUCCCUAGCUGCUUCAUUCUCUCUCGUCCUCGAAUGCCUAGAUUGCCGGACAUACGGCAAUAUCGUGGCCGAGUUCAACGACGAUGACGGUCUUAAUGCUACUUUAACGUUCAACAACGUGGGUGCGUAUAUGGACUUUGGAGUAUUCGCGUCCAAUGAAGGAACAUUUACCAUUGGUCUCGGACGUUUCUUUGGAAAUAAUAACCAGAAAAGCAGCUCGCUGAACGCCAACAUUGGCUUCGGCAUCGACCUCGUGCUGCAAUUUAGCGGCGAGGUUCAGGCUUCAGGGGGAUUUCAGAUGGCAAUUCCCGAUGGAGAACAGGUUGGAAUCGAUAUUAACUUCAGCUCGGACUUCAACGUAUCAGCCGACAUCAACAUCUUUCCCCAAGUCGACUUCGGCCUCCUCCCCAUCGAGCUCAGCAACGCCGCCACCAACAUCACCGCAGCCCUGGUGCUCAAGGCCGAAGCCGGCGUCGGCGUCGAACUAGCCGGCGUAGAAGCCAACGCCAACGUGGGCGCCCACCUAGCCCUCGUCCAGGUCUCCUUCGGCGCAGUCGACACCUCAGACGGGACCUGCGAGCAGGCGCUCUUCAUCGACGCCGAGUCCAACGCGGGCGCCUUCGCGCAAGUCGGCGGCAGGAUCCCCGGCCACGACUUCGAGGUCGGGCCGGACGUCUCGACCGUCUUCGCCUCGGCCGGCACGACAACCUGCCUGGGGACCAAGUCUCCUGCCUUCAGCAGCACGAGGGCCGACCCGCCGCUGACUGCGACCGACGCGGACGACUGCCCGACCGCGCUGGUGACGGGGACCACGGACGUCACCAGGACGUACGCCAUGACCAGCUGCGUCGUCUCGGCCGUGAACUGCCCCGCGUCGCUCACCCAGGUCGUCCUCGUCACGCACGUCGAGGAGGCCAGAACGGUCCGCUGCCCCGUCAACGCAACAGCCGUCCCGACCGCCACCACCACAACCUCCGACUCCGACUCCAGCCUCUCAACCUCGCUCCCAGCCAAGGCCCUAGCCCCCUCCGUGACCCCCGUCCCCUUCUCCACCGCCGGCAUCGUCCUCUCCCACGUGACCGCGCCCACCGUGACGUCGCUCGCCCCCUCGCUCCUCGCCAGCGUCGUCGCCCCCGCCAACGCCACCGUCCCCGGCGUCUUCGAGACCCUCUCCGUGCCGCCGCCGCCGCCGCCUCCCCCUGCGGCGGCUCCGUCGCCUCCCGUUGGUGGAGUCGGGGACGGCAGGGGAGCCGCCAAGAAGGAUGCCGCGGCGGGGCUGAGGCCCGCGGGGCUCGUGGCUGCGCUGAUGGGCGUUGCGAUGUGGGCUGUUUUGGUGUUGUGAGUGUUUGUGUGUGUGUUUGUGUGUUCAGGGGGGAGGGGGAGGGGGCUUUGGUAUUGGGUAUCAGCUCAUUUUCUUUUCUUUUAUCUUCCUAUAUGUCUCUCCUUACACCCGAAGGAUAGGCCAGCAGUAUGGAAGAGGGCGUUUGGAAUAAUUGGGAUUCUGGGGUAUAGGAUGGGAUGGGAUGGGAUGGGAUGGGUUUGGGCAUUUCAUGACUAGCCCUAGGUUCGAUCUGUCUUUGAUCAGGAUUGUCUAGCACUAUAUGAGUGCUUGGUAGGAAAGUAAAACGCCAUUUUGUCGUGAUUAGAGUCAUAAGCAAACGUCGUCGCUGAAGCUGAACUGAGUGGGCAAUGUUGACCCGGGAAGAGAUAGGUUUCUCGUAAACCGAAAUAAAAGAGAAGAUAGGGGCCUGUGUGAAG